AUGAAUAUUCAAAUUGCAACCUUGUUUUACUUAUGUCUUGCUUUGGCAAUGCCGCUGUUGGUUUUCUCCACAUCACAACAUCACUUAAACGGAGAUCGCAUCGACGACAAUGAAGUCGACUUCAAUCGAUUGGCCCAAUUGCUUUAUCAACGACAACAUGCAAUUCGUCCCCUCAUCAACGAGCACUAUCUUUACAAAAAAGCUGCCGAUUACGAACAAAUCUUAAGGCCAUGCAAUCAAAUGCCAGCCGGUGGUCGCGGACAAGAAUAUUCUGAUUGCGUACGUAGUCGAAUGUUACUCAUGGGUAAACGAAAACGACGACAAGCAAGUUAA